AUGUCAGAUUUGUCAGAUACUUCUACGACAUCCCUGUCACCGAGGAAGGGAGGCAAUAAGAAGGGAAGAUCGUUUAUUUCUCGACUACCAUCAUUUCGAAGGAAAAGAUCAAAAACAAGUGAUUCUUCAGAUCAAGAUUCGCCUGUGAAGGAAUCAAAAAAAAAGAAGAAAACAUCCAAAAAAUUAAAUAAGCCGGAAACCAUGGCAACUGCUUUUUAUGCAACAACGAGAUUUACUCCAUAUGUUCGCCCACCAGGUUCACAGAACUACAAAGGACCAUCGUUACAAAAUGUACAAAAGUUAACAUCUACUUCUGAAAGAGUUGCUUUGUAUGAGGACAGGCUGUCUGUGUUAAAGGAGGAGGAAAACAGAUCUAAUCCAAAAAUAAAACCCAAAAUAGAGAAAGAUAAAAAUGGCAGUUCUCCUCCUAGAGUUUUUGGCGAGGAAGUAAUAGCAAAAAGCUCACGAUUUGGUUUUCUUGGUGGUUCUAGGAGUUCCCAGAGUUCUAUAUCAAGUAGUAGUAGUGGUAGUGUUGGAUCGGUAUGUCCCAUCAAUGAUGAAAACAAAGAACCGAGAGAUUCUCCUUCAGUUACUGUAAUCCCAAAUUCUAUUCAACCUAGUAGAUUACCGACAGCACCAUCUGUAAACCCAAAUCUUGUUCAACCCAGUAAAUUACCAGCACCCUCAUCAACAACAAAUGGUAGUAAGGUGCCCAUCUAUGGUUCUUCAGCCUCCCGUGCAAUAUCAUCAUCCACUGCUAACAAACCAACUGUGACAAAUGGGGGAAAAGUGUACAUGAAACUGCCCAUAUAUAAAAGCGUAUUUGGGGAGAAUACUCGAUCUGCGCAAUCUGGGACUGAUAUAAAAAUAUCUCAGAAAGAUACUGGGCUGAAGCAGGUAUAUGCCGCUAAUUCUGUAUCCGCUGUCUCUAAUCCAGCAUCUAAACUUGUUAAAGGAAAUGAACAUGCAUUAGAUAAACCCAAGACUGGAAUACGUGUUGAUGACCCCAUACUACCCACAAACAAAAUCUUGUCUCCAUCGAUCAUAAAGUCAAACAAUGAGAUCCUAAGUCGAGGUUUUGAUGUCUCAAAUAGGAUUGAAGGAAUCAAGAAAAUAGAUGGACUGUCAGGAAAUUCAAUCCAGUCAGAGGAUUUACCAACACCCCCCACACAAUCGGAUUUCAGGGUAGCCAUUAAAGGUAUGGCAACAAGUACUCCACGGCAUGAAGUGCCAAAGCAGAAUCUUGUAUGUGAACUGAAUCAAGAGAAUGAAAGUCCUGGCGAGGAGUUGCUCGCUGCUGUAAGGUCAAAAAUUGAGAAAACACUGUGCACUGGCAUGAGGACACUGUCGAUUGAUGACAGUUGUGCUAAACCAACAGAAGAUGGAAAACAAUCAAAAUCUGAUCCUCAAAAUACAAUUUGUAAUGAAACAUCAUCUGUGAAAGAAACACAAAAAACAUUUGUGAAGGAUGCAAAAACGCCCUUCAAAUCUCCAAAUUUUGGUGAAGUACCGAUACCAAUUCCGUUAAAAAAUCCUAAAAUAAGUGAACUGCAAGGUGAAUUUGAUUCUUGUGACAUGGAUUCCCUUGCUUCUGAUGACUUGAUGUGUGAUUAUCAUUUCCUUGAUGAUGAGGAAGAGACGUUUUUAAGUAGAAGUGUAGGACCAGUCGAUAAUGGAAUGAAAUCUCGACUUGAGGCACGUGAACGAUCAGCGAGUGUUGACACUGCUAUUGAAGACAAAGUAGAAAAAAGAGGGUCAUUGAGAAAAAAGAAGAAAGAGACAGGAACUUAUGGAUCCUUACCCCGGAUAACCAAGAAAAAGGAAGAGCUUGUAUCCAGUAAUGACACAUUGGAUGAAUUGAAUACGUUAAUGGGAAAUGAUAAAUAUACCCAAAGGUUUAAACAGCUACAUCUGGCUGCCAGAGGACGUAGUUACAGUACUCCCAGUUCAUUUCGCCCUCCGCGUCAUAUGUCAAUGCCGCUAGACGAUGCAGACGCUGUGGAAAUUGAUACCCAUUCCUACAGACAGCUAGUAGGUGAUGUCACUGGAGUCAAGACCAUGCUCUUAAGACUAAAACGAAUGCUACAGAAUGCUGAUACCAUGUCUCCAUUUGACCCAGUUUUAAAGGCUAUGUCAAGUGCCACCAGUAGCCCAUAUGGCAGUGAACCUACCAGUCCAGAAGGAAAGAAAUUACCACCUGGAUACAAUGUAGAUAUACUUUUUCAGGAAAAUCAAGAGUUAAGAUACAAAAAAUAUCAGUUAGAGUGCCAGGAAAAAGACUGGAUAAAAUUAACAAAUGAAAAAGACAAACAUAUCAAGAAUUUACAAGACCAGGUGAGAAAGUUAUCUGAGCAGCUAAGGAAAGAAACCAGUGAUACCGGAGUCCAGACUGAUAUACAAUUGGUAUGUAUUGUUGCAACUUUAAUUCAGAAGUGCAAUUGUUCAAUUCAAUAUGGCCAUCUUAUGGCCAUUUUUGUAAAAGAUGUGGAAACAAUGAAUGAAUGCAGUGUAGAAGUGUUUUGA